GACCUUCAAAUUUUCUCUUUCAAUAGUAGCAAAACACACAACACAAACCAAAACCCAAGAUGUCUUCCAUCAUUUUCAGCGGCGACGCUAACAAAGGAAUGAAAAUUAUGGAAGCAGGACAGUGGAAUAACCAAGCCAAUCAACUGGAAGCACGUGGUGAUUUUACCAGCGCAGAAGGGUUGUUCUUGAGAUCUCUCGCGAGGAAGAUCGAAAUUACCGGUGAAGAUUCAAUCCAGACUGCUCUUGCAAGAAAUUCGUUGGGAGAAUUGUAUUUGAAGAUGGAGGGCAAAUUAGAUGAUGCGCAGAAGAUGUUGGAGGAGGCUGAUAGGAUUAGAAGUGUCAUCAACGAUUUCGACGCGGCUUGCACUCGUGAUAAUCUCGGUCAACUAUGGGAGAUGAAGGGCGAUGUCGUGAAGGCGAGAGAGGCGAGAGAAAGAAACCCGGAGAAUAUGAUCUGUUCGAACUUUAACUGUCCACUCGGCAGCAUGAACGUCAAUUCAAAGCGAAAUGAACUCAAGAAUUGUGCGAGAUGCAAGUGUACAUGGUAUUGUAGUAAAGACUGUCAAACAGAGGAUUGGAAGGCAAGGCAUAAGCGGUGGUGUAAGGAACCCGCGGCGGAGAACGCCCAGGAAACUAGUUCCAGUGGAUGGAGAGGGAGGUAAUGGAAUGGAUGGGGGAGUUAAUGAAGUUGCGUGAUUGGAGUUAUGAGAUAUUUUGAUGGGGUGAGAGGGAUCUUGACUGGCAGGAAGAGUUUCUGAAUAGAGACAAGAUUCAGAAGCAUUCUCAGAAUAUACUUAUUAGAAGUAUUCUUGGCAUAGCUGAUCUGAGAAGACUUUCAAGCUGAACAUGAGGCUUUUGAUCAUUUUAUCUACAUACUCGUUGUGUUCCAUGUGCAUGAAGUGCUGAGAUACACUCACCACAUAUAUAAAGAUGGGUAUAAAUUUUGUUUAAGUGGCA